AUGUUGCAGCGUUUUUAUUCGUCAUCAUCAGGAUCUAUAUGGCCUUAUGCAAAGGCUACUGAAUGGAUAAAACGUCUAUCAAAGGCUACCAUUCCACCAAAACAACUUCAAUUAUCUUUUAGUCGUAGCAGCGGUCCUGGAGGACAGAAUGUAAACAAAGGCAUGUAUGAGAAUCACAUCAGUACAAAGGUAACAUUGCGACUGGCGCUUCAGUCUGCAGACUGGAUUCCUGCGUAUGCCAAAGACAAACUUGCUUCUACCAAGACAGGUGAUCUGAUCAUCACAUCCGAUCGCACUCGAUCGCAAGCAAAGAAUGUAGAAGAUUGUUACGACAAGCUGCUAAGUCAGUUAAGACUAGCUGUAGCAGUCCCAAAAGAAGCUGAUAGCGAAACUUUGGCACGCGUUAAACAUUUGCAGCAACUUGAAGAUACUAGACGCAAGGAUGUUAAAAAGCGACAAUCAGACAAGAAAAUUAAAGUAUGUUUUGCUUUAUCACUUGCUCGUCUUACAUCAAUAUCACCAAGAAUACUCAAAACCUUCUAUUCUUUGAAUAACAAUUGUGUACCAACGAUGCAUGGUUGGUUGGUGGUAGCAAAAUGUAAUUAA